AUCCUUAUAGUAUGGUACUAUCUUCUCUCUCCCCCCUCACCGAAGACCAAACUAACUCGGGGGAGGCCCACAGGGGUACUGUGAUGCAACCACCAGGCCUCUGAGUCAGCUGAUGUGCUGAGUUAAGUGCUAAAACAGAGAGCCUCAGUUCCAGGAAAAUGGUGACUGCACCCAUCAGCCAGGAUUUGUUCACCUCACUAGAACUUGGGAGAUAAAUCUUGAGGCUUCCAUGGAUCUGCUUAGGACUUUAAGAGUUAAAGUUUAAAUGCAGGUGUGGAAACAAAAAGGGCUGGUUGCCUCUUUGCUUUUUUCUUGCUCUUUUGGACAAGGUUGUUGAAUCUGAUCCAGAAAAAAUAAUAAACUUGGCUCUCGUUGCCUAGCCGUAAGUUCUUGUAAUAAAACUCCCAGCACUGGCAGAUAGAGUAAUGUUCUGCUCUUUAAAAAAAAAUAUGGUAGCAUAACCAGAAUCUACAAUACAAAUGUCGUGCAUGGUUUAAGUAGGGAAGAGCAUUCAGGAGGUGGCUCAGUGUGCAUCUCAGUAGCCUGGGGUUUGUUGGGCAGUAAAGUGCUUCACGUUUGCCCCUUCUUGCCAAGGAUCGGGAUUCUUAAAGCUCUAUGCUCCGUUCAUUCCCACAGGGAGAUGUUUGUCAUGUCAGGGAAUGUCAGAGGAUUGGGUUUUAAUUAGCAAGCAGGAGGAAAGUUCGCUGAAUUCAAGGGAGGACAUGGAAUGAUGUAAGAAUUUGUUUUUAGGUGGAGGUAUUGGGUGAAAAGGCAAAUCAUGGGCUUUAAAUGUUGGCUGAAAGAGCAUUUCCACAGGCAGUGAGAGAAGUAAGGAGUUUGGGUUACAGGAAUGAAGAAACUAUGGCAUAUCCUUUCCUGUAAGUAACAGAACCGAUUCUCAUUCAGCAAGCAAUUAUGGAGUCCCUGCUUUGUGCCAAGCUCCAUGCCACGCAAGCCCCGGAGAUUUAGAAUGAGCAAGGUGCUUGAUUGACCCUUGAGCUGUUUUUCUUUAUCAGUUUUGCUGAUAAAGAGUCACAUUUCAUGUGAGAGAGGGGCUCGACUAGAGGUCUGACAAGGCACCUGUGCGCUGCUCCACCCUGAAGACAGAAGGGGAGUCUGGGAGGCUUCACAGAGAAGGUGGUUCUGUGGAAGUUCAAGGAGAGUUACCAGAUGAGGAAGGCUGGAAAGAGCAGUCCAGGUGGGAGGGACCUGGAUGUAACAAGACUCAGGAGCCUCAAGUAGCAGGAUGUGUUCUGACACCAAGCGAUUCCAUAUGGUGUCUCAGGGUUCCAUGGUCCAGUUUUCAUCAGGAAACUUCUCCUUGUCAGCAAAAACAGAAGAAAAGAGAUUCCCUUAUAGAAACGACCGUCUGCUAAGUUGGGCUCGAAAGGAGUACGGAGCAGUCACUUCAUUCACUGAACUCAAGAUAGCAAGAAACAUUUACGUUAAAGUGGGGGAAGAUCAAGUGUUCCCUCCCACGUGCAACAUAGGGAAGAAUUUUCUCUCGCUCAAUUACCUUGCUGAGUACCUUCAGCCCAAAGCAGCGGAGGGUUGUGUGAUAUCCAGCCAGCCCCAGGAUAAGGAAGUACACAUCAUUGAGUUAAUUACCCCCAGCUCUAACCCCUACAGUGCUUUCCAGGUGGAUAUAAUAAUUGACAUAAGACCUUCUCGAAAGGAUCUUGAGGUGGUCAAAAAUCUCAUCCUGAUCUUGAAGUGCAAAAAGUCUGUCAACUGGGUGAUCAAAUCUUUUGAUGUUAAGGGAAACCUGAGAGUUGUUGCUCCUAACAGUAUUGGCUUUGGGAAAGAGAGUGAAAGAUCCAUGAUAACAACCAAAUCAGUAAGAGAUGACAUUCCUUCAACCCAAGAGAAUCUGUUCAAGUGGGCUUCGGACAAUGGCUAUAGUCCAGUAACAUCAUAUACAGUGGCUCCUGUGGCUAAUAGAUUCCAUCUUCGGCUUGAAAACAGUGAGGAAAUGAGAGAUGAGGAAGUCCAUACCAUCCCUCCUGAGCUACGGAUCCUGCUGGACCCUGGCAGUCUGCCUGCCCUGGAGAACCCACCCAUCCGGGGAGGGGGAGGCCGAAAUGGAGGUUUCCCCUUUCCUAUCCCUGAUAUCUCCAGGAGAGGCCAGAUGGAAAGGGGAGAAGAUGGGAUCCCCCAGCCGAGGGACCCUAUCGUCCCCAGCUUGCGGCUGUUUCCUGGUCCCGAAGAGCCCAAGGAGGUGCAAGAGAAUGUGGAUAUUUCCCUGUCAGUCAAAUGUGACAGUGAAAAGAUGGUCGUAUCUGUAGAAAAAGAGUCUUUUCAGGCCAACAACUACUCGGGGAUGGAGCUCACUCUGUUGGAUCCUACCUGCAAGGCCAAGAUGAAUGGCACCCACUUCAUUUUGGAGUCUCCCUUGAGUGGCUGUGGUACUUGGCACCGGCGGUCAGCCCCGGAUGGAGUGAUUUAUUAUAACUCUAUUGUGAUGCAGGUUCCAUCACCUGGGGAUAGUAGCGGCUGGCUAGAUGGUUAUGAAGAUCUGGAGUCAGGUGAUCAUGGAUUUCCGGGGGAUGUGGAUGAAGGAGACACUUCCUUCUUCAGCCGGCCUGAAAUUGUGGUGUUUAACUGCAGCCUGCGGCGAGUGAGGAAUCACAGCGGCUUCCAGGACCCACUCCACAGGAAUGUUACUUUCAACAUGGAGCUCUAUAACACUGACCUCUUUCUCGUGCCCUCUCAGGGGGUCUUCUCUGUGGCAGAGAACGGACACAUUUAUGUUGAGGUGUCUGUUACUAAGGCUGACCAAGAAUUGGGCUUUGCCAUCCAAACGUGCUUUAUCUCUCCAUAUUCAAACCCGGAUAGGAUGUCUGAUUACACUAUCAUUGAAAACAUUUGUCCUAAAGAUGAAUCUGUGAAAUUCUACAAUCCAAAGAGGGUGCACUUUCCUAUUCCCCAAGCUGAGAUGGAUAAGAAGCGAUUCAGCUUUGUGUUUAAGUCCAUUUUCAACACCUCACUGCUCUUUCUACAGUGUGAGCUCACGCUGUGUACCAAGAAGGAAAAGGACCCCCAGAAGUUACCUAAGUGUGUGCCUCCAGAUGAAGCCUGCACCUCGCUGGACGCCUCAAUGAUCUGGGCCAUGAUGCAGACUAAGAAGACCUUCACCAAGCCCCUUGCUGUGAUCCACCAGCAAGAAGAAGUUAAAGAAACCAGUCUAAGCAUUAAGGAACCGAAUCCAGUUCCUCCACAGAUCUUCCAUGGUCUGGACACCCUCACCGUGAUGGGCAUCGCAUUUGCAGCAUUUGUGAUCGGAGCACUCCUGACAGGGGCCUUGUGGUACAUCUAUUCUCACACAGGGCAGACGGCAGGAAGGCAGCAAGUGCCCACCUCCCCGCCGGCCUCGGAGAACAGCAGCGCGGCGCACAGCAUCGGCAGCACGCAGAGCACGCCCUGCUCCAGCAGCAGCGCAGCCUAGCUCCCCGCCUCCGCCCGGAGGGGACCGGCGGCCGCCCACCCCGCGUGUCCGCGCCAGAAGGCCGCAGCGCGGUGCCAUUGCGAAGAGAGAGUGAAUUCCAACACGCAGGCCACCUGUUGUAUUCCUCCCCCGCCCAGGGCUAAUACACGUGUGCCCCCUGGGCUUCUGUAACACACUAGAACUCCUGUGAGAAAGCCAAGGUGGUGGCCUUCUCCACCAGCCCCGCCCGGGCUUGGGGGUUUUCAAUGUGAAACACGUGCCAGUUUUCAAAAUGCUGCUUUGUCCAGGUAAGACUGUCCAUAAUUUGGGGCCCCGAGAUUUACCCUGACUCGAGGGGUUGGUGAGAGGAUGAUAACUAGACAGUAGGACCAGUGAGGAGAUACGGCCAAAAAGCCUUGUAUAACUGAACCAAGAUGUAUAACACAAGAAAUACUUCAAGAUUUUCUCAGUGAGUUCCUCCGUGUCUAAUUUGCACCUUCUGGACGCACACUUCUCACUUUGCUGUCACACCCUCUGGGGGCUGAUGUUGUCCGCUUGAAGGGUGCUGCCCUCAGGGACUGCACCCUGACACACAAAUCGCAGCAACAUUCCUUUCUUGGGCCCUGGGCCAAAACCAGUGCUGAUAACCUUACCUGCUCCCCCCGUCCCACACUCGCACACCGACUGCAAAAAUGUCUUAAUGCAAAGUUUGUAUUGCUUCAUAAGCAUAUAGAAAUAGAAAAUGGCCAAAAUCUGGGACUGCUUAUUUGUCCCCAUUUAUGACAUUGCGUUCUGAGAAAAAUUAUAAAUUGGGGCAAAUUUAGUUUUAAAGUUGGAGAGGAAUUUGC